AGUGGCUGUGGGGCAAGUUGCGUGCUGGCCCACUCUGAGGCUCCGAGGGUUUGGAAGUUAGCGGCUGGAGGGGGUCCCGCUCGGGUUCGGUGUCGGUCGCGAUUCCUCGCGCGCUUCCUGGUCCGCGCUGUGCGGCCUCCCGCCCUCGGGCAGCGUGGGGAGCUCUCGAAAUACCCUGGAAGUCCUUGGAAGACUUUUAAGAUACAGAAGAUAGAGGGAAGGGGUCUUCUGAGCUUUUCUGCUCCUAAAUGGCUACAGAAUCAAGAAAGCCUUCUUCAGCCCCAUCUCCACCAGACCAGGCUCCUGAAGAGGACCUUGUCAUUGUCAAGAUAGAGGAGGAUCAUGGUUGGGAUGAGGAAUCUAGUGUGCAUGAGAAUAACAUACCUGGCCAAGAACUAUUUCGCCUACGCUUCAGACAGCUCUGCUACCAGGAGACAUUAGGACCUCGGGAAGUUCUGAUCCAGCUCCGUGCACUUUGCCAUCAGUGGUUACGGCCAGACUUGAACAGCAAAGAGCAGAUCCUUGAACUGCUGGUGCUGGAACAGUUCCUGACCAUCCUGCCUAAGGAGCUGCAGACUCUGGUUAAGGAGCACCAGUUAGACAAUGGAGAAGAGGUGGUGACCCUGUUGGAGGACCUGGAAAGGCAGAUUAAUGUCCUAGGGCAACCAGUCUCAGCUCAUACACAUGGGCACAGAGUACUCUGGGAUGAAGUCAUACCUUCAAAAUCUGCAUCAGAACCUCCAAGUAUUCAUGUCCAACCCAUGGCAACCAUGCCUAAAUCUCCUGUGCCCCAGAAGCCACACGACAGAGGAGAGAGGCCAGAUUUCACUUAUAAAGCCAUGUCUUCUUCUCAGAAACCUACUCCUUCCCAAAAAGGAAGUUCUGGAGAUCAGGAGGUGACAGCUAGACUUCUCACUGCAGGGUUCCAGACUUUGGAAAAGAUCGAAGACAUGGCUGUGUCUCUUAUUCGAGAGGAAUGGCUUCUUGAUCCAUCACAGAAGGAUCUGAAUAGAGAUAACAGACCCGAGAAAUACAGAAAUAUGUUCUCCCUGGAUGGUGAGACCAGGAAUGAGAACAAGGAACUAUUUUCAAAACAGGUAAUAUCUCCCAGAAUCCAGCCACAUGGAGAGGCAACUGCCAAGUGCAACGGGGAUAUUAUCGUGGGUCUUGAGCAUGGAGAAACCCAAGACCUUCUGGGCAAGUUAGAGAGGCAUCAGGGAAAUCACACACAAGAGAAACGACAUAAAUGUGAUGAAUGUGGGAAAAGCUUUGCUCAGAACUCAGGCCUUGUUCGCCACUGGAGAAUACACACUGGAGAGAAACCCUAUCAGUGUAAUGUGUGCAGUAAAGCCUUCAGUUACAGGUCAGCCCUUCUUUCCCAUCAGGAUAUCCACAACAAAGUGAAGCGCUAUCACUGCAAAGAAUGUGGUAAGGCCUUCAGUCAGAACACAGGCUUGAUCCUGCACCAGAGAAUCCACACUGGGGAGAAGCCCUAUCAGUGUAAUCAGUGUGGGAAGGCCUUUAGUCAGAGUGCAGGCCUUAUUUUGCACCAAAGAAUCCACAGUGGGGAGAGACCAUAUGAAUGUAAUGAAUGUGGAAAAGCAUUCAGUCAUAGUUCACACCUCAUUGGACAUCAGAGAAUUCACACUGGGGAGAAGCCCUAUGAGUGUGAUGAGUGUGGGAAAACCUUCAGACGGAGCUCACAUCUUAUUGGCCAUCAAAGAAGCCACACUGGGGAGAAACCCUACAAGUGCAAUGAGUGUGGGAGGGCCUUCAGUCAGAAGUCAGGCCUUAUUGAACACCAGAGAAUCCAUACUGGAGAAAGACCCUAUAAGUGUAAAGAAUGUGGGAAAGCUUUCAAUGGGAACACUGGUCUCAUUCAGCAUCUAAGAAUACAUACUGGGGAAAAACCCUACAAGUGCAAUGAGUGUGGGAAAGCCUUUAUUCAGAGAUCAAGUCUCAUUCGACAUCAGAGAAUCCACAGUGCAGAAAAGCCUGAAACCACAGGCGUUUAGGAGAAGCUUUGGCUGUAGUUUGAGCUUUAUUCAGCAUUAGAGAAACCAUGUAAUAGUGGAAAAGUCUAGUAGAAAAGGGCAGAAUCUGUAGCUGUAACAAAGCUAAGAAUAGCAUUUGGCUAGUUUGGGCCCAAUCCCUGAUAGGAGUUGAUUAGUUUGACUGUCGUUGGGGUCACCUGAUGACACAGAGCCUUAGCAGCUUAGUAUAGUCUUUAGAAUUACAGCAAAUUGCUUAUUGUGACUUGAAACACUAUAUUUUAUCUUUCCUAAGAGUAGCUAUAAGGAGAGAGGCCACUCCUUCAAGCUUCUCUGUUUCUUCCCAUUUCCUGUGGUCCUUUUUUAUCAUCCAUAAGGUGCCCUGGUAAAUCCUAAUCUAACAGCUGCUUGAGUCCAAGGCAACCUCAACAAGACUAAGAUUUGUGUUUGACUUUUUUAAUAUCCGAUUUAGAAAUUGUAAGACAUUUAAAUUGUUCUAAUACUCCUAGAUGAUAAAUAUCCAUAUUCCUCUACAAACUUAAUGCUAUAUUUUUAACAGCCCUGUAGCAGUUUUCUUCAUUUAGAAUCUUUACUGACUCCAUUGAGUCCCUGAGCAUCUGUACAUAUCCUUCACCACCCCCAGUCUCAGUACCUGUGUCAACAAAGGAAGUGGACGCAUUAGUGAUGAUGGUGGGCGUGAUGGAAAGACAGAGGUGAGUGGAGACUCAGCCUGGCUAUUCUUGAGCAUGGACAGUUGUUUCUCAAGGUGACUUCUGACUUUCCUUCCACCUACCCAUUAUACACUGUGGUUUCAAAAAUAUUUGCACUAUCAAAACUUUGGCACACAUAAAAGACAGAGGUGCUUGAAAGAGACAUUAAAAAUCCUUACAAAGAAUGUUCAUCAUCCCUCUUGGCCCAUUACAGUACUGCUCUCAGGUUUCUAUCAGUCUAUAUAAAGUCACUGACUUCAUGAUGAGCUUGGACCGACUUGCUUAGAUGGCCACUACAGAGCCGUCAUUAUCUUCCAUCUGUUUCCUUCCAUUCACAUAUCUCCAGUAUCCACCGUGGUAAUCUGUCAAAUACCCAACUCUGACUCCUCAUUCUUCUACAUUCUGGUAUACUCCAUUAGUCAUCUAACAACAAAAAUACACUAUUACACUCAUUGUCACCAGGCACUGUAUUUUACCUCAAAGGCUUUUAGCAUAACAUAGAAUACUGUAUAUGUAAAGUAAUGAGACUGGUUUUAAAGGAACACAUCAGAUCUUGUACAUCUAAAAUGUAGUGUCUUUUCAAUUGAAUAAUUAUAUUUACUACUUAAUAAACACUUGUUAAAAUGCAUAUUCUAAAGUACUAUGAUUCUAGUAGUGCUACUAAUCACUACUGAGAGGCAAAUAUUGGGAACAAUCUUAGAAUUCUCAUGUAAUGAGCAAGAAAACCAUCUGUUACUAUUACUUUUAUUUCAUGUUUGACCAUUUGACUAGACAUGGGCUUGGAGUUGAAUAACUUUUGCUUUGCAACAUUAAUCCUCACACUUAAAAUUAUUCCAUUGUUCUUACUCAGAAGACACAUCAGUAGGUUCUGAUGAAAUCUCUGAAAAAAAUAAUUCCACACCGUGACUGUCCUGAAAAGGAUCAUCUUCGUUUCUUUGAUUAACUUUCUCAGAACAGACCUCUCCAUUAUUCGUUAAUUUUUUAUCCUCCGUCCUGUCCUGUUUGCUUCCUUCCUAUUUAAUACAGAUUAGGUUCCCAACUCCUCUCUAGCACUCCUCACUGAGCCAUCUCUCCAGCCCCAAUAACUUUUUUUAAAGACGGGGUUGCACAUGUUUAAGAAACCAGAAGCAGAUAAAUCUGCCUAUAUUGAGACCCUUGCUUCCUGCUUGAGUUGUGCCUUACCCUCUAUAAGACAGGGUAUCGGCAUAGGUAAGUUCUAUGUUAUGCGGAAGUUACAUAGGGUGAGUACAUUUUCAGAGCAGUUAGAUGUCUGCAUGUGUGCAUAGAUGCAUGCCCACUUCUUUCGUAUACUUUUGUGCAGCACCUGCUUUGAUUUCUAAUAAAAUUGCCCUUUAUGCAUUUGUACCCAGAGUAACAUUAGCAGAUACUUCAGCCUCAGGAUUACUAGGCAUCUGGCAGAAGUCCAGAGAAAAGAAAAUAUAAUCAGGAAGAUUAAUUACUGGGUUGAAUGUGGAAAAGAAUGAUCAUUUAAAAACCAGUUAAUGGAGCCAUUAUGGUGAGGCACAUUUUUAAUCAUAGCACUGAGGAAGCAGAGGCAGAUGAGCCACCCUGGACUGCAGAGCAACCCAGCCUUGAAUGUAGUGAGACCAGUCUCAAAAAAAAAGGUAAGUGAGGCUGCAAACAUGGCUUAGAGGUUAAGAGUGUGGACUGUUCUUGCAUAGGACCAUUGAGUUUAGUUCCCAACACACAUGUUGGGUGGCUCGAAACUUCCUGUAACUCCAGCUCCAGGGGCAUCCAACAUCUCCAGCCUGCACACAGAUACACAUAAAUAUAUACACAUAAACAUAAUUACCAAUAAUAAAAUUUAAAUGCGUUAUCAAAGGUGAUUUAAUACAUGUAUAGAACAGGCCAAGUGUUACAGCAUGUGACAAUAGAAAAGGCUGUGGAGUCUUUGAAGAAAUACAUAGACGUCAUUGUUAGUUUUCAAUUCACCAAGCAUUAAGUUUAAUUUAAUUCAGUGUCAUUCAUUAACCCUUUAUCCUGUAGUGUCCCAAUUUUUCUGUCCUUCUGAAAUGAAUUGUUCACCAGCACUAUCUUCUCCCGUCUUCAGCUGCUCAUUUAAGAUGUGGCUGUAAAGUGGUUUUUCCUAACUUACUUGCUAUCAGCAUACCACUGAAAGAAACCUCUCAGGUUUCAAAGAAUUUCUCCAUGAAGCCAGGUUAGUACUCAGGAAUGUGGUGAUUGACUCUAACAUGGACCAAUAUAGCUUCACUCUUGUUUCUACACCCCCAGAAUGAUAGCUGACAUUGUUGUUUUGUUUUUCAGCAGUUGCCAUGAACCAAACCCUAAGUUAAAUAUUUAUCCUACUUAAGACUAAUAUCACCACUACAUGCCCCAUCUGUACAAGAUAAAACAAAAGCCUAGGGAACUAACUAACAUAACAUAGCCAGCAAAAGACAAGAUUCUAACCCAUAAGCCUGAUCCUAGAGCCUGUGGUGACCACUGUACUUUACUACCAACUGACUAAAUUCCAACCAGUCAGAUGAAACCAUGUAUCCUUGGUCAUAAGAGAUACUAGGUAAAAUAAAGUGUAAUAGUAUAGUGUGGAUCCAUUGCAAUUACUGGAAUAUUGGUUUAAAAUACUAUUUGGGGUGAGAUCAUCUUUAGACUUGGAUAUUCUUGAUUCUUAGUACAAAAAAGUUAUUAUGUCAAUAAAACAUGCUUAAAUGUGUAACUAGGAAGGUAAAGCAGUAACAACUUAGUGAUACAAAUACAUUUCUCUGUGGACUGCCUUAAGGAAAGAGGAGUAGAUUCCAGGUUGGGCAGAUGGACAGGUGCCAAUAGUAAGUUCAUCCACAGCCUACAGUAAGAAACCAUUUAAACUUCUUGCCUGUUUCCAGUCACCAUUCUGUGUGUCUUUUGUUUUUCUUGAUUUUUUUUCAAGUGUGUUAUUCAUUUUAGCCCAUUUCUGCCUUAACUCUUACUGUUUUUUCAUAGUGUUCCACUAAAAUGUACAUGGAAUUGCCAGUGUAUAAAUUAAGACGUUGUAUUGUCAUCAUUCUUAAUCUCAUUUAUACUUCACAAUGUUGAGUUUCCCAAUAUGUGAUGACUAUUCUUGGUUGUAAUCUUGAGUACUAUUAGGUUAUUGGUAGGCAGCCAUUGUUGAACUACCUGGACCGUAAUUUGUAAGCCAUCUCAUACAUCCCCUUUAUAUGUAUUUUUUUUUAUUCUGUAAGUUCUGUUCUUCUAGAAAAUCCCAAGUAAUACAGAUUUUCAUACCAGAAGUGGUUUUCAAGCAAUAGAAGUAUUAAGGUGAUUUUUUUUUAAGUAUUUGGAAUAGGUUUUCCAAUUUGCAAAUACCUACAGUUACUGAAGUCUCUCAGAAACUCAGAAUAUUGAAAGCCCAUGCUGUGAACUGUUUUACAAACUAACAGGGACAAAUGCAUUUGAUUAUCCUCAUUAUCCAGCUGUGAGAGGCAAGAGACUUGGUGAGUCUGUAUAUAAAACUUUUGAAAAUUUGUAGAAAAAUAAAGGAAAUGAUGAUAGUGGUUGGUUCCUGCUUGCAUCUCUGAAUAAAUUGACAAAAGGAAAAGAAUGCACUGCUUGAUAAAAUUAGCCAACUUCUAGCAUCUCAGUGUACAGUGAAAUAGUUGGCCAGCUCCAGAUACACAUAACAGUCAAAAGGUUUCUAAGUGUACCCUGGAAGAGAAUCUUCCCUCCAGCAAUCACAGCUCAAAUUGUGGACAAUCAAACCAAAGCCCUCAUUUAAGGUUGGCCAAAUGACAAAAAAAACUGAAGUCCCGGCCUCAGAGACUGUCAGUGGUUAAAGUAAGAGAGCAUGAAUUGGUAAAGAAUGGGAUCUGUAACUUGGUGUGGAGAUGUGUGGUAGGAUCCUGUUGAGGCUCAGAACUUUGAACCCUCAAAUUCCCAUGGGUUUACUUCUCCUAAUGGAAUAGUCUCUCUACCCUCAGCAGAUGUACUCUCACCCCUCAAAUAUUUCCUUUUUUGUUUUUGAGGAAAUACAGAAUGGGUAGUUAAGGAAGGUAGUUACAAAUACCAACUAUGGCCAUGUGGCCAGUUAAAGAAAUGAGGGUUACUGUUUCUUCAUAUUUUGUUAAGAAUUUGUACAAAUAUUUGUGUUUUCUUUCCUCAAUUUCUUUAUCAUGUAAUGUAAUAUCAAUUAAGAGAAUACCUGUAGUUACCAUAUUUAAGUUUUGAGAUACCAAAAGAAUGUUCCUCUAGGGAUAUUGCCAUUUAUUCUAGACUUAAUGCAUUUGAGGUAGUACAAGAUAUAGUUUUAUCACGUUAGGUGCAGUUAUGAUCUGAUUAAAUAUAUAAUGCAUUUGCAAUUGUACAUGGGAUAGUUAUGCAAUGUAAGGUCGUGAAUUAUGACCUGGUUAUUAUUUUCAUUUGGAAAUUAAGCAUGGCAUCAGAAGAUACGAUUGUGUGUUAAGUUGACAAAGGCUAGAUUUCAGAUGAUUCUUCUUGGUUGUCAGCUUGACUACAUUCAGAAUUAACUGAAGCCAAACUGCUGGGUACACCUAUGAGGAUUUUUUUUUCUUAAUUAAAUCAUUUCAAGUGAAAAAAAAUACUUUCUUUUAGCCUGGAUCUUUUGAAGUUGGAAGAUCCACCUUUAGUCAGGGCCACACCUUCUGAUGGCAGCCAAUAUAAGGACAUGGAAGAAGGAAACUUUUGCUAUUGUUUCCUUGCUCUUGCUAGUAAGUCCAUGCCUUCAGUAGAGUUAGAGCCUACUUCAGGAUCUGGGAUGUUAUGAAGAGCAAAUGAGAUGUCCAUCCUGACUCUAGGGCUUUCCUUUCAUAGACUGCCAUUGUUCUCUCUGGACCACAGCCUAGAAGCUACUCUAAUGAAUUCCCUUUCUCUACGUAUGUGCAGAUUCAUUCUACAAGAUCUGUUGUCUAGAGAACCUUAACUAAUGCACCAUACUUUAAGAAUUCUCCUUUCCUUGUCUUAGGGUAUUUUUUGAUCAUUUCUCAUCUAUAUCUGGCUCUUGUAAAUUAGCCUUUUUUUGUCCUCUCUACUAAAAAUAAUCUCUGUAUUUUGUUUUUACUUACUUUUCUGUGUCCCUGUUAAUCUGUUUUAUUACUUCAUGUAUUUGAAUAACUUCAUAUUUUCCACUUUGUAUGUCAUCUCACUGCUUGGGGAAUUUUCCUCAGGUACCUACACACCCUGACAUUUGAAACCAAAACUCACCAUUCUUCUCCCUAAAUUUUUAUUUUCUUUUCAAAUAAGCAUCCUUGCCUAAUUGCUCUACCCUAAAAUUGAAUCAUUGUUUCUCAUCCCUACUUUGACAUUAUCCUUCAUUCUUUUCUGCCUUCCAUUCCCUGAUCUAGAACCUUGUUGAUUUUGCUCAUGUUCUUCUUGAAGUUUGUUUUUGUGGUUACAUAGUUUUUGUUUUAUAUUUCUACCAUACCCUUAUAGCCUUCCACAUAGAUCUCCAUCAUGUGAGCUCAGGUUAUUAUGAUUUCCUUCAGUUUUCUUUUCAGAAUAUCCAACUUAUAUAACACUUCAAAAAUGACCUUCAAUCUCCAUAUUUAUGGUAUCUCAUUUUUCUCAGUCCCCAGUGAUACUUCUCACUAGUGUUCCAUAACCUUGUUCUCCAUUCAAGCCUCAACUUUCAUUACUCUCUAACAUGUUUACCUUGGUAUAUCACAUUCAAACCUCCUACAGCUCUCUAGUGUUAUCUUACAAGCCUUUUGCCUCUGUGCCUUCCUCUCAUGCUAUGUUGUUGUUGUUGUUGCUGUUGUUGUUGUUGUUGUUGUUGUUUUUGUUUUUCUUAGAUAACUCUUUGGCUAUACCUUCUGUUAUCACUCUUCAAAAUUUGCUCCUUCACGUCUUUUGAGACAGCGUCUCCUGAUUGAGUUUGCCUCACACCAGCAUCUUCCCUUAUUCUGUUCUGCCUGAGCACAUAACUUUCAAGUUUGUACUGUGAUCCAUGUACUCAUUACUACCUUGCUCUGCAGUUUUCUAGCCGUCUGUAUAGUAGUAUCACAUCUGUAUUAAUCCAAGAUUAAACUGUAAGCUCCUUGAGGGCAGGGAUGAUAACUGUAACAUUUCUAUCACUGCACUCUUCUUAGUGCCUAGUACAGUGCUGAGCACACAGUAGGUGUUUAAUAAAUGCUUGUUAAAUU